AUGGCUCCAUACGCAAUCUCUAUCGACAACCGCUCCGACAUCAAGCGGUCUUACGCCCUAUUCGCCGAACCGCCAACCAUCAAGCACAACGGCGGCUCGGCCAUCAAAGUGGUCACUCGCAUCAUCAGCAGCGCCCGGGGGGUAGCAUCCCCGCAUGGCCAGGCCAACUUCACGCUCUCCAAAAAGUUGUACGCAAGAUGCGGGGUCUACGAUGUCGAAGUCGACCCGUCACCUGACGACCAGAACCGAAAACGCGUCGGAGUGGCGUUGAGGUCAUCGACCAGCGACUUGUCACACUCGGACAGCUCAAGCGGCACGCCGGCGUUUACCGAGAACAACCCCGCGCCGUCCGGUGCUGUUGGGUGCUUCUGCAUUCAGACCGGAGGCGACUUUUCGGUCAAGGAGGCGAAGCUGAACCAAUUCGUUGUCGGCUUCUGCUCGUCCACACGCCAGAGCAUCGGCCCUUAUGCCACCUUCGUCCCGCAGCCCAGCGAGGAGUAUCAGAUCGCGCCAUCCAAGGGCUUUUACGUGGUCGUGGGGAACUUCAACCCUUACGACCUCGCCGACAUGAGGCUCAAGGACAGCAUGUCCGCCUGCUAUGUGGAUUUUGCCUCCCUCGAGACAGACUCUGUCACACUAGUCCACCACAGCAAUGGGACGCUCGUCGGGCAGGUGGUCACAGAUGGGGAGAUGAGGCCGGUGCCAGUCCCAUCACCCAACACCCCAGUCUUUGCACGAGCUUUUGCAAGAGAGGAAUUCAGGGUCGGAACUGCAACAGUCACGGCUUAGUCGAGUCAGGACGAUGGGAGUUCGAAUUCGAUAUCAGAGAGCUCUGCUGGCACCUCGACACCGACUUGGUCCGUCUUGAGCUGAUCAUCUUUCACAUGUUACUGAACUUCAAUUUAUAUUACAAGCCUCUGACAAGGCAAUACUCGUACACCUUUCCCCACAACACCAUCUCACCCGCACAAAUCAAACAGAGCCACACUGGGAUCAUGGUCCGACACCAUCUCGGCGUACGACCCCCAAGUGUUGACGUGAAUGUGCUCAAAGUCGCUCUUGCUGCUGGCCGCAAGCGAAGGGCUGACGUACAUGUGGUCGAGCGCCUGGGCGUUCAUGUCAAAGGCGUAGGUGUACCGCUCGGUGGGCUUGAUGCCGGCCACCUCGUCCAGGUCCUUCAUCCUGCUGAUCUCGGCAAAAGUCUUCAUGGGCUGGACAAAGGAGAACUCGUUGAAGUCGCCG